UUAAUCUUCAAAAACCUAAGGAAGAAAAGAGAACAAAAGGAAUCCCAAAAAGGGCCUUUUCUUUUCUCUUAACAAUCAAACAACAGCAAUGGCUACUGCUACUGAUCGUGCACCUCACCAGGUUCAAGUCCACACCCCCACCACACAACGCAUCGACGUUCCACGCCGCGGCUACGAUGUUAGUGGUGGUGGUAUUAAGACUCUUCUCCCCGAGAGAGGUCCGUCCACCUCUCAAAUCAUCGCCGUCCUCGUCGGCGUCCCCACUGGGGGCACUCUGUUGCUCCUCUCCAGCCUUUCACUUCUCGGAACCAUAAUCGGGCUGGCAAUUGCCACCCCGGUUUUUAUCUUCUUCAGCCCGGUUAUAGUUCCCGCGGUCGUUACCAUUGGACUUGCAGUCACUGGUAUUCUCACGGCGGGAGCAUGUGGACUAACCGGGCUGAUGUCUUUGUCAUGGAUGAUUAACUUCAUCCGACAGGUACAUGGGACGACGGUGCCGGAUCAGCUGGACUCAGUGAAGCGGCGCAUGGCGGACAUGGCGGAUUACGUGGGGCAGAAGACAAAGGAUGCUGGCCAAGAGAUACAGACUAAGGCCCAGGAUGUUAAGAGGCCAUCAUCAUAAAGUAAAAAAAAAAAAAAAAGAAAAAAAAGAAAAAAAAAGGAAUGGGUUUGAAUUUGAAUUUACGGUUUAUCGAUUAUGUUGGGAAAAAAUAAUAGUUAUUAUGCAUGUAUGUACCUUUUGGUACUUUUUGAAUUUGGAGGUCUCAUGUUGUGUUUUGGUCUUUGUUGACUAAUUUGUGUUAUGUUUGUGUUUUAUGUUAAUUAA